CCAUGGAUGGAUCUCACCGUUAUCCCAUUCCAGAUCCCCCCGAUGUCCACGUGUCCGGGAAAGAGGAACACGGGAUCCUGACGUUGUCCUGCCACACGUACGGAUUCUACCCCGGGAUGAUCGGGAUCAACUGGUUGAAGGGGGAUGAAGUGCGGGAUCAGGAGACGGAGUGGGGCGGGAUCGUUCCCAACAGCGACGGCACCUUCCAGAGCUGGGCCAGGAUCGAGGCGCUGCCGGGGGAGCAGGAGCAGUACCGGUGCCGGGUGGAGCACGCCGGAAUGCCGGAGCCCGGGAUCUUCGCCUGGGAGCCGGAAUCCGUCUGGAAUUCCAUCCCGGUGUUGGUGGCUGUGUCCGUCAUCGCUGCCAUCAUCAUCAUCGGCCUCCUGGGAGUCGGUGUCUGGAAGCUCCGAUGCGGGAAGAGGGAGGGG